UCCCCCUCCUUCUCCAAAGAAGCUCUGUUCAUUUAACGAUGAAGCAGUGGGAAAAAGAGUUCGAACACAAAAAUCCAUCUUUUUCCGCCUCUCUCCUCGACGAGAUUUACCGAUCCUUCGAUGACGGAGAGAUAAAACCUGCCGGAGAGACGAAGUUCUUCAGACAAACGUCGACGGCGAUAAAACAGAGCAAAACCAGAGUUUUUGAAGACAAAGAAAUGGCGAAUCUCCGGCGAGCUCGUUUGGUUGAGAAAUGGAUGGAAAAGGAAGUCGGUGAAAAGGCUAAAGUUUGCAGAAGACAAGAACCUUGCAGAAAAACGCCUAUCGAUCAUUUCGACCACGAUCGCGAUACUCUGCUUUUCACCUCGACUUCCUGUUCUUCCGAUUCCAGCUCCGGCGGACUCUCCUCCUCCGACUCUGAAUCGAUGUUCGUUUCCAGAUCCUUAAUCCCAUCCUCGUGUUUUUCCAAGUCGAGACUCAAGGCAAUUCGUACCGGCAGCGGCGUCAGGCCGGCGGAAACAGAGAGAAGAAAGACUCUGUUUCAUGGGAUUAGUGAACGCCAAGUGUUCGACGAAAUUCCUAAGUCGAAAUCGAAUGGGUUGAAGAAAAUGAAGCAACCAAUUUCUCCGGGAGUUCGACUGGCUGGAUUAAUUACCUCGCUCUUAAAUACUAGAAAGUCGAAGAACUCUCCGGCGACAGAGAGGAAAGAUAAAACAGGGGAAGAAUCGACUUGUUCGUCGGCAUCUUCAUUCGCAAGAUCGUGUCUAAGCAAAAGCUCUGCAUCGUCAAGAGAAAAAUCGGGAAACAGGGCAAAAAGAUCAGUUCAUUUUUGCCCAAUUAGCGUCAUCGUCGACAAAGAUUGCAGAGAAGAUAGUUCGAGUCUAAUGCCUGUGUCGAUACCCACAGCCUGGAAAAUCGGCCGGUCGCCGGGCGGAAAACAAGAGGGAAAGGACUCAAAAUCCCAAAUCACAGAGAAGAGCAGGAAAGUGGAAGCCGCAGCCAGAGAGGUUGUUAUAAAGAACAUGAACAGCAGAAAUUACAGAGAGUUGGUACAGAAAAGCAACGAGGACGACGGCGGCGAAGAAGAAGAUUACGAGGAGGAGAACUGUAGCUGUGCAAGUUCAGAUCUUUUCGAGUUAGAUCAUUUGGAAAUGAUGGGGCAGAGAGGGUACGGUGAAGAACUGCCAGUGUACGAAACAACUGAUGUAGAGAAAAAUGGCGGCAUUUGAAAGGGGUUAUAGGUUUUAGUUUGAAAUUGUUGGAUGAAAUUGAUGUAUUAGCAUUGAUUAACGUUAAUGAAAGGUUGGAUUUUGGGGAUA